AUGACAGAGGAUAUUGUAAAUUUGUUUGUAUCAAAAUAUGGGUCAUCAGAUGCAAAUAAGAAUUCAUUAUUACAGAAAUCUAUUCAAAAGGUCUUGCAUAAGGAGGGAGCAAAUUCUUAAGUAGUAACUAAAUUAAGAUAAAAACUUGGUUAAUCUCAAUCUCAAUAACAAUUUUUUCCAACCUUGGGAAAUGGGGAAUCUUCAUUACCUAAUAAGACUCCUAAUGAUUCAUAGAGGAAAACCUUUGAACCAUUCACAAAUCGCGUGCAGCCGUUUUAAAGGACUUACUUAUAAUAGCUUGAUUAAGUUUCUGAAACUUCUGAAAAACCACCUAAAUCAGUUUACUACGUUGAUCGAUAGGAUGAGGAUGAAUGGGCUGCUCUUAUGAAAUUCGAUGCGUAACUGUAUUAAAAGGAAUAGGAGAGGAAGAAGGAGUUGUUGUAAUAAAAGAAGGCGCAAAUGAAAAAGGAAUUAGAUAUGCAGUUGAGAAUAAAAUAAGAGAGAAAGCAAAAAGAGAAGGAUUUAGAAGAGAAAUACAAUAAAUUUCAAAGCGAUUUAUUGCAGAAGAAAAAUGAACAAGAAUUAGAUAAGUAGACAUCUGCGAAAAAUAAAUUAUUUCUUUUGUAAUCAGAAAGAGACGUGUAGUUAAAUAACAAGAAAAAGAAAUAACAUAGUGAGGACAGAGAAUUACGUAAUUACAAAAAGGAGAUCAGCAGGAGAUAUCAAGAUGAGUUAUAAAAACAGAUUGAUGAAGAAAAUAGAAUAAAAUUAAUGAAGAGAGAGUAUAUGUUCAAAGUAAUGAAAUAAUCGGAGACAGAUAAAAUGGUAAUCAUGUAGAAAUAAAGAGACUAAGAGAAAUUAGAAUAGGAAAAUUGUGAGAAAUAUGGAGAAUUGCUUGAUUAAAUUGAGUAGAGAAGAAUAGAGGAGAACAGAAAAAAGAAGGAGAAGGUUGAUAAAAAUAAUGCUUGGAGUGAAUCAUAGUUAUUAAAGUAUAAAUUGGAAAAGGAGGAUGAUGAUAAAUUAUAGUAUUGGAAAUAAUUGGAGGAGUAGAAGUUUUUAGAGGAAGAGUAGAGGAAGAAAAACAGAGUAAAUGAACUAAAAUAAAAGACAAUAUAAUCAUUGGAAUAAUCGAUUAAACUUAAAUAGAAAAAGAAGUAAUAAGAGAAGGAGUUGGAUAAUCUAUAAGGAUUAAUAUGGAAGGUGGACACUGACAGAUUCUUUUAAGAAGAAUAGGAUAAAUUGGAUUAAAUUAAAAAAGUCAAAAUUGAACAUAAAAAAAUACUCUAAAGACAAAUGCAAGAUAAGAACAAACAUGAGAGGGGAGAAAAAAUGAGUAUUCCUGAACUCUUAUAAAACAAAACAAUUUUGAAAACUAUUAAAUAACAAGAUAUCUAUGAUUUAGAGAAAACCGUUGUUUGA